UAUAUUGACAUUGAUAUCUUUUUAAAACUCUGAAGAAAAGACUUGUCUGGUAUUGUGUGAAGCUGUGUGAGGUCGAAUAUCUAAACAACAACAACAACAACAACAAUUUUUAUUAUUAUUAUUAUUAUUAUUAUUAUUAGUAGUAGUAGUAGUAGUAUUUGCGUGUACAUUCAAGGUUAAUGUUAAGUGAUAUAAAAUACACUUUAUAAGUGUCUGCCACCUGACGCCUUUAUUCUGGACUUUUAUUUUGCCUUCCGGUUCGCACAUACAGGAAGUCUUGUCUGAAACGUCGUUUUAUUGUCGUCCAAUCGAACAGUCGCAUGCACAGGUGGGCGGGUUUAUUUCGAGACGGACAGCUGUGUACAGCUUCACCUUCAUCUGGACUCAUUCUUUUGCUUUAAAAACAACAAAACCACAGAGGAGCGAACGAUGAGCGACCGGGUGACUCUGUAGAGCUCAGGAGCAGUGAUCGAACUGGAAGAAGAGCUGGGAGAAGAGCUGGGAGACGGGCUGGGAGAAGGGCUGGGAGAAGAGCUGGAAGAAGAGCUGGGAGAAGAGCUGGAAGAGCUGGGAGAAGAGCUGGGAGAAGAGCUGGGAGAAGAGCUGGGAGAAGAGCUGGGAGAAGAGCUGGAAGAAGAGCUGGGAGAAGAGCUGGAGAUGGACUCGUUUCCUCCCGGAUCUCCGCCUUCUUCUCCUACUGAUUCCAUCUCUCUGGCAUCUCUUGUGUCUGGACACACCCCUCGCACAGUUUCCUCCUUUUCAACACCAGGCCCUUCCUCUCAGGUGUCUCCGUCCUCUCAUCCAGCCUCGCAGACGGGUCGCUCCCAGCUAAACGCGGCUAGCGAUGUGUCUGAAAGCCGGCCCACUACUGGAUCUUCGUCUCCUGCAGGAGACCUUCCAGAGGAGCUGGACAUAGAGGAACUUAAGCAGAGGGCUAAGAAUGGAGAUUUCAAAGCACAAACUGAGGUUGGCAGGUUUUACUUGCGACUCUCUGAGCACGAGAACGAAGAAGUGAACGGCGUCACGGCAGUAACAUGGCUUUUACAAGCAGCAAAAAAUGGCAGGAGGGACGCCGUGAAACUUCUCCAGUUUUGUUUGCGUGAAAGAAAAGGCAUCACAGCUGAAAAUAGAGAGGAGGUGUGUGCCUUGGCGUCCGAGUCACGUUUCGAACGUACCGUGAGGAAAGCGGCUCUGUGUAUGUACUGGAAACUCAAUCCGGACAGAAAAAGAAAGGUGUCGACUUCGGAACUACUGGAAAACAUUAGCCACUACAACACCGAAACGGAUGGCGCCCCAAACAGCGCACUCUCAAGUCCAGCUCAGAAACAGAGGAAGGUCUUAGAACGCCUAGUCUCCAUCAAUGGGACUCAGUAUGUCGGCGUCGAGGAUUUUGUUGAAAAUGCCAAGCGUUAUGCGCAAGGUAUUUCACCAUCGCCGGCUCUUCAUGCAGCGGUCAUUGAUGACGAUGAUGACGAUGACGAUGAUGAACCUGUGAAGAACCCAGAUGAGUUACCUUUGCAUCAGAAGAUUCUGAAGUUUCCGCUCCAUGCUGUGAUCGAGGUAAAGGAGGUGUUGAUUGACUGGGCUUCCCGCGCUGGAAUGCAGUGGAUCAGCGCCCUAAUCCCAACUCACCAUGUCAACACUCUUAUUUUCUUCUUCAUCAUCUCCAACCUUACUCUGGACUUCUUCCUUCUUGUCAUUCCCCUCGUCGUUUUCUACCUGUCCUUCCUCUCGAUGGUCAUCUGCACAUUGAGGGUUUUCCAGAACAGCAAAGCGUGGGAGAACUUCAAGACCCUGACUGCCAUGCUGGCUCAAUUCGAGCCAGGCUUGGACCUUCAGCAAGCUGAGUCCAACUUUACCUGGACUCAUCUGGAACCUCACCUGUACUUCCUGGUCUCUGCACUCUUCCUCAUACUGUCAUUCCCUGUGGCAGAUAAGUCCUGGCUGCCUUGUUCCGAACUGGCCACAGUGGCCGUCUUCUUCACGAUAAGCAGCUACCUGAGCCUUCGUCCAGCUGCACAGCAACAUGCUAGGUUAGCCCUCCUUGCACAGUUUGCCUCUGCAAUCUGCUCUUUCACUAAUGAGCUGCUUGGGGGUAGGGUGGGCCAACUUGUAGGAGGGUCAUGGUUUAGCGUGCCAAUCUGUGAUUGGUUGGUGUUGCAUGUGGGUGUGCCUUGCAUUCUGUAUCUUUACCUCCUAUACUCGUGUGUCCGCAUGGGCACAGCGCGAGGCUGGCAAGGGUCUUACAGCAUGCUUCUGCCCUACCUGCUCUGUUUCACCUGGUGCGAGCUGUCCGUCACGCUUCUGCAUGCAUCCACUGCGCUCGGACUCAUGCGCACGGCUGUGGGCUACUUUCUCUUCUUCUUUGCCCUGCCUGUACUUUCGCUAGCGCUGGCCGCUGCGCUGUUGGUGCAGCUAGUACAGUGGUUCCUCGCUCUGGAGCUGGCCAAGAUGGCAGUGACGGUGUGUGUUUGCGUGGUGCCCGUUUUGUUGAGGUGGUGGACUCGUUUCAGCGUCUCGCCUCUCGCCGUGUUUCGAUCUCUGAGGCGCAGUAGCAUGGUUAAACUGAUCUUGGUUUGGAUCUCCGCUUUGCUGCUCUUCAGCUGGUUCUACGUGUACCGUUCCGAGGGCAUGAAGGUUUAUAACUCCACUCUUACCUGGCAGCAGUACAGUGAGAUGUGUGGUCCUCGUGCCUGGAAGGAACGCAACAUGGCACACACCCAGAUCCUCUGUAGUCAUCUGGAGGGCCACCGCGUCACCUGGGAAGGCCGUUUCAAAUACGUCCGCGUGACGGAAAUUGAAAACGGGGCGCAAGCAGUCAUCAACCUCUUGCCUGGCAUCAUAGCGGACUGGGUCCGAUGCCUUUACGGAGAGGAGUACCCAGCCUGUGACGGCGCCCAACCAGAGCCGGCUCCGCCUCUUUGCAAGCUCAAAGCAUUUGCAAAUCACAAGUGUCAUGUGAAACGUUUCGACCGCUACAAAUUUGAAGUGACUAUGGGUAUGCCUCUUCAGGAUAAGAAGGGCAAAUGGAUGCAAGAAACCGAUGACGCAACCAAAGACAUUGUGCUGCGGGCGAGUAAUGAAUUCCGUGGGGUGCUGUUGGCACUCGGUGCAGGCAGUGUUGUGGAAUUCAGUACUGUUCUGGAGGGCAGGCUGGGCAGCAAGUGGCCAGUGUUUGAGCUGAAGGCCCUUCACUGUAGGACUUGUACCUCACCUUUGGUACCUACAGUUCGGCAAGUCAAGAUAGAGCAGGACUGGAGGGUCAGUGCCCGUAAUGCCUUCGCAUUUGCAUUUAACUUCCUUUUCCAUCCCCUGCUCACUGCCGAAGUAGAAGAUGCGGUGCCUCCGGAAUCUGCAGAGUGAUUAUCAAAUUGAUAACCAAGCAUCGCGUAACAGGGGUUACUCAGCACCCGUCACUUUUUCCUCAACAUUUGCAACAAUAUUAGUUUAAAGAAUUAAAAGAGAUAUUUAUGGAUGACCUGUAGUCAAGUUUUUUGCACAGAGUGCUGAUUUUAUUUAAUAUAGAAAUAUAUCUAUAGUUUCUCUGUCAGGGCUAAAUGUGAGAUCAUUAAGAGACUCUUAGGAAACUUAGGAUGGUGGCCAAGUGGGGAUGAACUUUGGGUGGCCCUUUUGGGGUAUGAGUAAUGCCCUUCCAAGUGAAAACGAUUAGGUGGGUCUUAUAAAGAAAAACAGUUCAAUUGCCAAGCCUGUUGAUCAACGAUGUCCAAUCUUCUCAACCAAGAGCUGUUAUGGCUGCAAGUUUUUGUCUUCAGGUGCCAGUUCUUGGUUUUUGCUUGGUUGGAUCAAAAACCUGCACGCACACCUGUGGACACAAUCGGACCUGUUGUAGAUUGAUGGAGGGAGAAGAAUGAACGUUCUUUAGAUUAUUCAGUCAGGAGCUCAGAAUAAGGGAAUGUAUAAUAUUUAUGGCCAUAUUCCUAUUUUUCUGACUUCUUGCUGGACUAAACACUCAUUUUAUUGGAAACUUAUUAUUGACAAAAUAGUUUAGUCCAGGAUUAACGGAACUCUUGUACAAACAUCAUAUAUGAAUGAAUGAGUGGGAGAGAGAAAUAGGAAAGUUUUAAACCUUUCCUACAGAACCCACAAUUCCAGUGGUGACUAUAAAGUAGAUCUUAAGGCAUUAUUUCAGCAGUAGGAAAUGGCAUAUACUGUAGCACUGGAGCUCAAAUCUGGAUAUAUAUAUAUAUAUAUAAAAUCUCAUCGUUUUAUUAAUGGGAGUUUCUUCCCACCUCCGAAAAACAUGCAUGUAGGUGGAUUGGAACUCUAAAUUGCCCCUAAUCGCCCUAUUUAAGAUAGUGAAAUAGCACUAGUACAGUAGUACACUAUAAUUUUGUUAAUACUGUAUAUCAGCACCAAAACAACUCGAUGGUAGAGGCGUUUGGACAUGUGAUAGUAGGAGCUGCUUUCCACCAAAUAUCACUCUUCAGACCUUGAUUAGGAACAUCACAACUUCAUCUAAUUUCAAAAACAAAAAGCAACUGUAAGAUUUGUAUUAAUCCUAUGUUUUCUUAUUGGACUAUAUAAUAUUCAUUUUUUUUUUUUUGAAGGGUUUGGAGUGUUUUAAAUAUUAAUGUGGGCAUUAGUUAUGUUGAAAUGUGUACAUCAAGAACGUGUAUAUUUUUGAUAAACACUAAAUAGAUACUUCCAGUCGAGGAAUUCUUCUUCUUCUUCUGAUUGUUGAUGAUUAUUUCCUAUUCUUUGUGCAUCAGAUCAGCACAGGGCAUUCUAUUGGUCGGUUAUUGGUGGAUCGGUUAUUGUUAUCGUUUUAGAUGAGUAGAAUUACGGUACUGUACAGAUAGUGUACAACUGUAUAUUGGAAUUGCCUCACAUAGGAUUCUCUACCGAUGUAGAGACACCACCACUAUCAUACACACUCUCAAAAGCUCACUUUAAAUGUUCCUGAGCCGGUCUCUACUCCAAUAUAUGGUUAUUCACUACUGUAGUGUUGCACUAUGAUCAAUAAAAGCUGUUCUUUAAUCAGCUGUUCCCAGUUGAAUCUUUUUUAUUUUUUUCUCCCUCCAACAAAAACACAGACUUGUUGUCGAUCAUGCCGAUAUUUUCUCAUAUUCUUCAUCACCCACACUUUAAAACAGAUCUCUCCGUCUGGGUAUUAAUAAAGCAUUAGCUUAUGUCAAAGGCCGUCUUUCUGUCUGUUCUCGUACCUGAAAGAGCCAUGAAAUGAACUUUUUCCUCUUCCAAGGUUGUGCAAUGGUGCAUGACAUGACGUAAGCCCAAUAGUUGUGAGUAUGGCCAAAGACGCCAUUUGGAAUUCCAAGAAGAGGAACAUGUUUACCAGUUUCUACUGGUCUCUGAUAACUCGCCCACGUCACUAAAGGGUUUCUAAUGUUGGUACGUGCAGGAGAAAGUAUCCUCAAUUUAAUGGGUGCAAUGGUGACUUUAUCUAUUUAUUUAUUUAUUUAUUUAUUUAUUUAAGGUAGGGCGCACGGUGGCUUAGUGCUUAGCACGUUCGCCUCACACUUCCAGGGUCGAUUCCCACCAUGGCCCUGUGUGUGCGGAGUUUGCAUGUUCUCCUCGUGCUGCGGGGGUUUCCUCCGGGUACUCCGGUUUCCUCCCCCAGUCCAAAGACAUAGGCAUAGGUAGGCUGAUUUGGCGUGUCCAAAGUGUCCGUAGUGUAUGAAUGGGUGUGUGAGUGUG